AUGAGCUACCAACAACAGCAGUAUCAGAUCCAUCAGCCUAGUAAGGUGGGCUUCUAUGCGCGACAGAUGACGAUGAUGUUUAUGCAAGGAGGUCUCAUAGGAGCCUCUGCGGGCAUCGCUGGUUAUGCUGUCCAGACGGGUACAUUGAGAGGUUGUUUAAAGUAUGCUGGUCCGAGUGCUAUGUUCAUGGGGACCAUCCUUGCCGUUGGUUCUUUGGUACGACAAUAA